AUGGAGUCCACAGAUCGUCUAUCUGCUAUCCGAUUCCUGAUUGCGGUCCAGCGUUGGACAGGACUCAUUAAGUGGAAAAGCGAUACCGAAGGCGGACUUUUAUCCUUGAUUAAGCGCAUUUAUCCCUUUGUAUUGCAUCUGCCGCUGACUUUCAGCUAUAUAGCCCUGAUGUGGUACGAGGCCAUAACCUCCGUGGACUUCGAGGAGGCCGGCCAGGUUUUGUACAUGUCCAUAACGGAGCUAGCUCUGGUUACCAAACUCUUGAACAUUUGGUAUCGUCGCAAUGAGGCUGCUCACUUUUUGGAGGAACUUCAAAAUGAUCCAGCCUAUAGUCUGCGAAAUCCUAAGGAGAUCCAGUUCUGGCAGCGAAACCAGAAGGAUUUCCAACGCAUAUUUUACUGGUACAUCGGAGGCAGUCUCUUUGUGGCGCUAAUGGGAUAUGUCAGCGUUUUUCUCCAGGAGGCAUACGAACUGCCAUUUGCCUAUUAUGUGCCCUUCGAGUGGCGCAAUCAGGAGCGCUACAUGUACGCCUGGGGUUACAACGUGGUGGCCAUGACACUCUGCUGCCUGUCCAACAUUCUGCUCGAUACCCUCGGCUGCUACUUCAUGUUCCAGAUCGCCUCACUCUUCCGCCUGAUGAGCCUCCGGCUGCAGGACCUGCAAGAUGCCCCCGAGGAGCAGGCCAAGCCGGAGCUGCGUCGACUCUUUCGGCUGCAUGCCAGGGUUCGUCGACUGACGAGGCAGUGCGAGUUGCUGGUGUCCCCGUAUGUCCUGUCCCAAGUCGUUUUCAGUGCCUUUAUUAUCUGCUUCAGUGCCUAUCGGCUGGUGCACAUGGGCUUCAAGCAGCGGCCAGGACUCUUCCUCACCACCGUUCAGUUUGUGGCCGUGAUGAUCGUUCAGAUAUUCCUGCCCUGCUAUUAUGGCAAUGAACUAACCUUUCACGCCAACGCCCUGACCAAUAGCGUCUUUGGCACCAACUGGCUGGAGUACUCCGUGGGCACUCGAAAGUUACUAAAUUGCUACAUGGAGUUCCUUAAGCGACCGGUUAAGGUGCGAGCUGGAGUCUUCUUUGAAAUUGGAUUACCCAUUUUCGUAAAGACUAUCAACAAUGCCUACAGUUUCUUCGCCCUGCUGCUGAAGAUAUCCAAGUAA